AUGCUUUCAAGAGGUACCGGAAUCGCACUUACUGCUAAAAGAGCGCUAGGAAUUGGCCGAAUCAGCCUUAUUAGGGGCUUCAGAACUACUACCUCCUACAAAGCUAAGCAGGAUUCUUCAGACGAGGUGUUCACCAGAUUAAAUGAUGACACAGAUCCGAAGAGAAACAAACUAUUUGAAUAUCAUUGGGGAACGUGGAUGAAUAACGAUGCUGCUGAGAAACAGAAGAGGAUUACCAAGUUCUCGAUUUCUGGCUUGAAUAUUCUCACAGGAGUGCUAGAGGAUGUUGCUAAUGCUAAAGAUGUAGACAAAAAGGGAGAAUUGAAGAUGAUGGAUGGAAAUGUAAAUGUUCUUACCAAGAACUUGAAAGAAUUGACAGGUUCAUCUUUUGAGAAUAUCAAACAGGUUGUUUCUAUUCACGAAGGUAUGUUUCACCACGUUUACUUGGUGAACCUGAACAAUGGUAAAAGCAUGAUUCUCAGAUUACCUUAUAAGCUCUACCCUGACUACUAUACAAGCAGAGCUGUUAAUAGUGAAGUAGCCACUACGGAGUUUCUCAGAGAACAGUUAGGCUUGAAAGUGCCAAAGGUGUUGGCCUAUUCGGGUCAGUUCGACAAUUAUCUCAACUAUCCUUUCAUUCUAUCGGAGUAUAUUGAGGGAGAUCUACUUAUGAAAGAUUGGUAUCCCCUUGUUGAAGGUAAGGUUGAAGAUAAAAAGGUUAGCAAUGAAUUGCACAAGGUAAUCACCCCUAUAUUUGAUUUUUUCAAGGCUGUUACUAAACCAGUGUUCACAGGUUAUGGAUCAUUGUAUUUUAAACAGGAUUAUCCUCAAGGUAAACCUGCCAUUGAUGGCCAAGAAAAGUUUGUUCUUGGCCCUACCACUUUGAAGCCAUACUAUGAAAAAGGAUCGAAUUUAGAUCAGAAGGAAGUGGAUAAGUUUGUUGGACCGUGGGCCCUUGAUCAGCCUUUAAAGAUGGUUUCUGACUUGGCCCAAGUCAACAUUGCUAGUCUUCGAAAGGAACAGAAUAAUCGACAUGCAGAAGAAGCUCUCAGGGUAUAUAAAGCGCUAUUGGCUACUGGCGAAAAGUUGUUUGACUUGAAGAGUUCCAGUAUUCCAAAUUUCAAAGAGAUGAUCAAACCAAGAUUGUUCAUUCCCGACUUGGAUCCAAUGAACGUAAUUACUUCAGAGAACGGGAACUACUUUGUCGAUUUUGAAGACAGUACUGUGACACCUUUCAUCUUAAACCCUGCACCGAAGUUUGUGGAAUACACUGGUCCUAAAGUGUUCCACCUUAGUGAGAUUCCGGACUUGGAAAAACUGGAUGCCGACCUGAAAGAUCAAUAUGAGUAUAUGCAAAAGCGUACCAGAAACCAAGUUUACUGGGAAAAGUCGUUGGCAGAGAAUACUAGCAAGCUUGCCAUUAGUGCGGCUCCUGCUGUUAAGAAAAUCAGGGAGUCGUUUACCAGUGCGUUGAAAGAUAAAAACCCGAAGGACUACCUUAACAUUGAAGCAUCUCUUGCGGAUCUUGAGAUGCUUUGGAAGUCAUUUUCUGAGGAUCAUGUUGUUGGAGAGGGAGACUGUCCAAUCAAGUUUACUGAGGAAGACCUGGACAAGUUCAAGGAGGAUUUCGAGGAUCUUCAGAAGGAUCUUUCAUCCACUCCAUUUGCCGCCACAGGUGGCUGGGUUCCUCAAGAUGUCUUUGAAAAUCUACUGAAUAAAGGAUUAAUAGUAAAGGAUGGAGAGAACUACAAGAUCGACAUCGACAAGGCAUUGAAAGAUGCCCCAACCAAAGAAAAAGACGAUGGCAGAGCUGCCAAUUGA